CCAUCAUCCUUAGCGGCGGGCGAAGGAAAAUGAAAACGGCCAUGUCGUGGUAGAAAUCACUUCAGAGGCGUAUGAGUGUGACUCACGGUAUAACUGGCCAGUUCAUUUAAUGUAGCUUUAAAACUACAGCUCUGAAAAGAACACAUCUGCUCUCUUGUUUGACAGAAAACAUAUUCUGUGACAGUAAGUGCAUUUAAAUUAGGGGCCCAGCAUGAGCGGAGGAGGGACGCCGUACAUUGGCAGUAAGAUUAGCCUCAUCUCCAAGGCCGAGAUCCGCUAUGAAGGAAUUUUGUACACCAUUGACACUGAAAACUCGACAGUAGCUCUUGCUAAAGUUCGCUCUUUCGGCACUGAAGAUCGGCCCACUGACAGGCCUAUUCCACCUCGUGAGGAAGUGUUUGAGUACAUCAUCUUCCGAGGAAGUGAUAUAAAAGACCUAACAGUAUGUGAGCCACCCAAAUCCACUAGCACCUUGCCUCAGGACCCUGCCAUAGUUCAGUCUUCUAUUGGAUCCACCAAUGUGGGGCCAGCAUCAUCGUUCCAGUCUACAGGGUCCUAUGCGCCUUUCAGCAGAGCCCCUGUCCCACCUUACAACCAGUUUGGUGUUACACCCCUUGCAGCUCAGCAGUUUGGGUCUGUUGGAGAAGGAGGGCACACUACUCCCCAGCUGGACUCUUUAGCAAAAAGUUCUACCCUGGAGCAGGCAGUGCAGACCCCACCACCAGCUGCCCCAGCCCCACCUGCACCUGUGGGACAGAGGAGUCAGGUGGGAACAGCAGCUCCUAGACCCACCAGCAGCACCACUGGCAGCCAGAAGCCCCCAGAUCUUCUGGAGCAGGGAAAAGCUCCUGAGGUUCAGAAAGUGUCACAGCCAGAUAAUGAACAAGGUGCUGCUGAAAACCGGGAUCCCAGCAAGCACCAAGGUGCUGGUUCUCAGUCGACCCGCCGAGGCCGUGGAAGAGGUAACCGCAGCCGAGGCAAAGUAAAUGUGCGCAGGGAUGACACUGUGAAGUUUGAAGAAGACUUUGACUUUGAGACUGCAAACGCCCAGUUUCACAAAGAUGACAUUGACAAAGAGCUCCAGAACAAGCUCAAAAUCAAAGAUGAGAAGAGUGAAAAGGUGAUGAAUGGAGAGGAAAUUGAACAUCUGGCCAAUGAGGGGACCGCUGACGAGGAGGAGGCUGUGAUAAGCACGUGUUACUAUGACAAGUCCAAGUCCUUCUUUGAUAACCUGUCCUGUGAUGGUUUAAGUAAAGCGGGUGAAAGAGGCUUUUCAAAGGAGCGAAGGCCAACCUGGGCAGAGGAGAGACGAAUGAACGCUGAGACAUUUGGCAUCCCUCUGAGGCACAGUCGAGGAAGAGGGGCUUUCCGUGGACGAGGCUUCGCAGGGCCUCAUAGAGGCCAAGGGCGACCAGCAAGCAGAGGUUUCUUUUGGCCACCCCGGGGUGCUCCACCUGGUUUUAGAGGUGGAUACACAGUUGGCAGAGGAGGCCGAGAUUUCUCUGAUUUUGACUACAGGAAGGACAAAAAGGUGGCUGCAUAGAUUGGUCCACAACCCUUCAUCAUUAAAUUAUUCCAGCUCAAGAAAUUUUCUUGGGUCUCCACAUUUGACAAGAAGAAUGAAGACAUCCUCUCCAUCACCAGCACCAACCUGACUGUUUGACCUUGGGGGGUGAAAGUGCACCUCUCCUCCUUUCUCCACUUAGAGAACUGCUUGGUUGUGUGUCUUGUUUUGUUUUUUGGCCCAAACAUUUUAUUUGAUAAGCAGUCACCAGAUAGACAAGAACAUGUACAUACCUUGCUUUGGAGUAAUUCUGUAUUUUUGCAUCAGUGAAGUUCAUUUCUUACAGACAUCGUCUUUGAUAUGCAGAAAGCCCACUGAUACUGUGAGUGGAUCACAGUUAAUGUGAUCCAGAGCUUUAGUUUUUAAUUGUCUUUCAGUUUUGAUAAUACUUGUUGGCACCAACAUUCACUGCAUUGCCUGCUCAGACUUGGUGAGGUCACCAUGUGUUUAGUAUUUUUAGCCAGUUUGCAGGAAAUGUUUUGUCUGAAUCAACGAAGUAGAAAUCACAACCAAGAAACAAAAUCUGAAAUGAAUAUUGUUAUGAAUGAAUGUAUAUCUGGCUCAUCUUCUACAAAUUGUUGCUCAACCAUUUUUAUAAAGGUGUCUUCAGUAGUUGGAAUGCUUAUAAUCCUACUUUGACCCCUCAAAUCUUCCACUCAAUGAAUUAUGUUUCUGUAUUAGGUUUGUAGAUGGACUAAAGCAGGCUUCAUAAUGAUGGCAGCCUAAUGCAGGGAACCAGUAUGAGCCAUUCGUUUGACCAGUAUAUGGAGUUUACAGCAUAAGCUUUAGAAGUAUUUGUUGAGCGGGUUUGUUUCAUAUGGCUAAACAAAGAGCAUUCCCAUGAUUUGUGUGUAAAAGAGGAACAUGGAUUCCUAAUGGUGCUUUUAGAAGUUCUUAGUGUUUUUUGUUUGUUUUUGGAAUAUUUGUUUGUUGUUUUGUUCCAAAACCUAUAGUCAAAGACCUUGCUCAAGUUAGAUUUUGAAUGAAAAGUGCUCUACUAUUUAGCCAUAAAGGGUAUAUAAGCAUUUGGUUGAGCUGAAUUGUCAGCCUACAAGUAUGUUUCUGAAUUUCAGUACCUCUUAAAUCUGCCCUUUAGUGUCCACAUUGUACUGAGCCGUCUGAAGCUUCAUUUUUUUUUUUUUGUCAGCAUCCUUUGAAUUAUCUUGCAGUUGUUAUCAACAUUGCGUUUUUCAGCUGUUUCCACAGCAAAACUAAGUUCAUGCAGUGUUGUGAGGAUUGUUUAAUGAAAAUGGGGACAUUUUGUAAAUGGGCUGAUGUCCGAGUUUGUUCAGAGCAAGUGGCGGCAUUUGACAUCGGCCCUCUGGCUUGGUUGUACCUCCUUGUUACAUUGUUGUUGAUGUGAUUGUUCUGCGAAGUGAACUUGGUUUUUGCCUACUUGUGAUCAACAGGACGUGAACUGGAUGUGGUGCCAGCGCACUGGGGGGAGGUGGGAUCAUAUUUUUGUUUGACUCAUUUGUCAGUGCUUUUAGGGAGCACAGCUCCCUUCAACUUAGAUUACCUGUUGUCAGGCAUAUUGAUAGCACUUCAAGGUCAAACUAGAACCUUCUCAGACACUGGUGGUUUACUGUUUAACUGGAUUUUACACCAGCUGCUGGUCACUGCAUGAUACCCUUGGGAACCAUCACUUUGUAUGGGCUUUUGCAAUAACCAGCAAGAUUGAAAUAGAGGGGGAAAAAAAGUAUUACUGAGCUAAACUGACAUGUUUUCAUAUGCUUGUUACUCCUUCCAGUCAAUGGAAUUAUAAACCAGGAAUAGUUUUCUUGAAUAUUGGCAAAAUUGAGUUUUUAUGUCAAAUAAAAAGUUGUACAAUAUCUGUCUUUUCAU